AUCAAACCCGGAUCGUCUAUACUGUUCUUGAAUCUUCGAUAGGUGGUGAGAAUUAAGAAGUGAAAAUCAUUUUGAGAAGAAAAAAGAAAAGAGAAAAAACAAAUAUUAAACAAAUGCAUUACUGGGUUCGAGCUUCUGCUGCUGAUUUCUCCGGAACUCUUCCCCAGCCUCGAAGUGGUCACACCGCUGUUUCCAUCGGAAAAUCCAAGAUCGUCGUGUUUGGUGGCCUUCUCGACAAGAAAUUCCUCAAUGACAUCGCUGUUUACGACAUUGAGAAUAAGCUGUGGUUUCAGCCAGAAUGUACUGGAAAUGGGUCAGAUGGACAAGUUGGUCCCAGCCCACGAGCAUUUCAUGUUGCCGUUGCAAUUGAUUGUCAUAUGUUCAUCUUUGGUGGUCGUUCUGGUAACAAAAGGUUAGGCGACUUUUGGGUCCUAGACACUGAUAUAUGGCAAUGGUCAGAGUUAACAAGUUUUGGUGACCUUCCUUCAUCACGGGAUUUCUCUGCAGCUUCAGCAAUUGGAAACCGAAAAAUUGUUAUGCAUGGUGGUUGGGAUGGUAAAAAGUGGUUGUCAGACUUAUACAUCUUGGACACAAUAUCACUUGAGUGGACGGAGCUGUCAGUUACUGGAUCAGUACCACCACCUAGAUGCGGCCACACAGCUACUAUGGUUGAGAAAAGGUUGCUCGUCUUUGGUGGAAGAGGUGGAGGUGGGCCAAUCAUGAGUGAUUUAUGGGCAUUAAAAGGUCUUAUUGAUGAAGAGAAUGAAACACCUGGAUGGACCCAAUUGAAACUUCCAGGUCAAGCGCCUUCUCCCCGUUGUGGACAUACAGUCACAUCCGGAGGGCACUAUCUCUUGUUAUUUGGAGGACAUGGAACUGGCGGUUGGUUGAGUCGCUACGAUAUUUAUUACAAUGAUUGUAUUGUUUUGGACAGAUUGUCUGCUCAGUGGAAGCGCCUACCUAUUGGAAAUGAACCCCCUGCUGCUCGAGCAUACCAUUCUCUGACUAAUAUAGGUUCUCGCUAUCUGUUAUUUGGUGGGUUUGAUGGCAAAUUAACAUUUGGGGAUAUGUGGUGGUUGGUUCCUGAAGGGGACCCAAUUGCAAAGCGGUUUAUAGAGUCCCCACAGAAAAAUGUUCCUGAUAGCAAGGGUAUGGCUGUGGAAAAUAUCCAAUCUGCUUUAAAGGAAAGCCGGAGAGAAAAUGAUGCAAUCUCAGAAUUGCAAAGAACGUUAGGAAUUUCAGUUUCACUCUCGGGUCCUGUACUUCAGAUACUAGAUGAGUCUGAAGACAAAGAAUUCAUUGAGCUAGGAUCGAGGCUAACUGGAGAAAAAGUUUCUAGUGGUGAACAGGGUUUGCUCAAUCAGACAAUUGAGGUACUUCGUGAUCAUUGGCGGACAUCUACACCAAGUUCCAUACCACUGAAGGAGCUUGGACCUUUGCUUCGUGAUUAUCAAAGGCUGAUUUCACGUCAUCAUCUAGCCAAUAUCGGAUCUGAUUUUCAGUCUAUUGAUUUGUGGUUAUUGGGAAAAGAAGCCUACCGGUUUUAUCACUUAAAAAAUGCUUCUCAGCUACGGAUGGCUGAUAUUCCGGAACUGCUAGCAGAAUACAAAAAGAUUCUAGCUGAGCAGAACACAUCUGGGCAGGGAGCAGGAAUUGAGGAACAUUCUGUGUGAAUUAUAUAUGAAAAAACAAUAAAAUAGAAACGGAUGGCGUUAGAGUUUCAAUCUGUGGGCAUUACUUGAUAAAUUCAGAGUUGGCAUUCG